AAAGGCGGUGGGGGUGGGGAAGAGGGCGAGAGCAAAGAUCCUAUUUCUCUCUCCCCUACCCCUGCCAUCCUUAUUCCCUAAGAUCUUCUAUAAUACUAUGCUCUCACUUGCAACACUUCUUUAAGCUUCCCAUCCCUAAUCCUCAAUAGGGGUUCGGACCUCCCGCACUUGUUUUCUUUCUCCUUGCCUCUCUUUUUCCCCCUCUCCCAGUCCUAUUUCCAUUCCUGGGGUUCUACCAAUUACAUCCUUGCGCUGUGAUUUAGGGGCAUAUCCUCUUUAGCUGAGAGGAGAGCCCUGCACUCAGUGCCGUAUGUUUAUUAGUUAUGAACUGGAUAAGGGAAGGCUUGACUUCCUGGGUCAUGGGAGUGAAGGAGUCUGGGUGACAGGAAGGAAGCAAGCGGCCUGUCAUGCCUUUUGCCUAGCUGCCAGAUUAACCUUGGCUUAAAAAUAGCGUGAUUGCCUUAUAGGCUAUUCAGUGUAAGGAAGACAAAAAGUCUUUGGGAACCAACCUAGUCUGUUUGCCUUCCAGAUUUGGUAGACACAAAAAGCAAAGGGGGAAAAUGGGCAAAGGAAGAUUCGAUGAAAAAGAAAAUGUGUCCAACUGCAUCCAGUUGAAAACCUCAGUUAUAAAGGGUAUUAAGAACCAAUUGGUAGAGCAAUUUCCAGUUAUUGAACCAUGGCUUAAUCAAAUCAUGCCUAAGAAAGAUCCUGUCAAAAUAGUGAGAUGCCAUGAACAUAUAGAAAUCCUUACAGUAAACGGAGAGUUACUAUUUUUUAGACAAAGAGAAGGCCCUUUUUAUCCAACCCUAAGGUUACUUCACAAAUAUCCUUUUAUCCUGCCACACCAACAGGUUGAUAAAGGAGCCAUCAAAUUUGUACUCAGUGGAGCAAAUAUCAUGUGUCCAGGCUUAACUUCUCCUGGAGCUAAACUUUACCCUGCUGCAGUAGAUACGAUUGUUGCAAUCAUGGCAGAAGGAAAACAGCAUGCUCUGUGUGUUGGAGUCAUGAAGAUGUCUGCAGAAGAUAUUGAGAAAGUCAACAAAGGAAUUGGCAUUGAAAAUAUCCAUUAUUUAAAUGAUGGGCUGUGGCAUAUGAAGACAUAUAAAUGAGCCUCAGAAGAAAUGCACUUGGGCUAAAUAUGGAUAUUGUGCUGUAUCUGUGUUUGUGUCUGUGUGUGACAGCAUGAAGACAGUACCUCUGUGGUUAUGCUGAAUAAAUGCAACAGAUGCUAAAAUUCUGUUAGCUUCAAAAAUUAUUUUAAUUUUUCUUAAACUCAAGUUAAAAUUGAGUAACAAACUUGGACAUUAAGAGGUAUCCGGUAAGUAACCAAACUCAGACAACUUAAUGCCCUUUCUUAGACUAAUGAUGUAAGAGGAAGGGCAGGACUGUAAAGGAAGUUGCUAGUAUAUGGCUGACCCCCCAGAGAAUCUAACUGCUUAAUUGGGCUAGACUGGGCAGCUAGAGCGGGAAUUUUAUUCCAUUAACCCAGGGCCCCUUUUCUUUUGUAUGUGUUUUUUGUUUGUUUGUUGUUGUUUUUGAACUUUUCAUUAUGGAAAAUUCCAAACAUUUAUAAAAGUAUAGGGAGAACAGUAUAAUGGACCUUUUCUGUAUCAUACCGUCACCCAGCAUCAAUUCAUGGCCAAUCUUAUAUCUAUAUCUCACUCCUUCCCAGCCCACUCCCUGAUUAUUUUGAAGCAAAUCUCAGAUAUAUCAUUUCAUUCAUAAGUACUUUAAUAUGUAUCUUUAAAAGAUAAGUGGUUUUUUAAAAAUAAAAAUCAUAACCACAAUACCAUCAUCACACUUAAAAAAUUUAACUAUUUCCUAAUAUGAUUAAAUAUCUAGACUGUGUUCAAAUAUGUGACAAAAGGACCUGAUUGUCUCUCUUUUAAUUUUUUUAAACUGUUGGUUUGCUAGAAAUAGGUACUGAACAAGGUCCAUAUAUUGCAUUUGGUUAUUAUUUAUUUGUCUCUUUUAAUCUGUAAGUUCCCCCUCCUCCCUUUCCCCUUUAAAUUAAUUAUUUAAGAAAUCUAGUUUUGUCUUAUAGAGUUUCUUCCCACAUUCUGUAUUUUGUUGAUUGUAUCACUGUAAAGUAAUUUAACUUGUUUUUAUGCCCAUGUAUAGCCUGUAAACAGAUUGGCUUGAUCAGAUUCAGGUUCAAUUUAUUUAGUGCCUUCUCUUGAAGCCAGGUAAAAUCUUACUACACAGAUGCCCAGGACUUCCAGAUUUGGGUCCCCACUGUAUUCCCCCAAGAAUGUGUAUCUCCUAUCAUAAGUGGCAUAUGAAGGCCGUGACCUACUUCAGUAAGGACAGUAAACUGUUUGGGGAGUUAAAUGAGCAGUUAUGAAUUUAUAUGGUGAAUUUAUAUAGUGAUAAUAGGCCCUUCUUCCUAAUAACCUUGCUGUUAUUCUAGUGUCUCAGCCAUCUUCAUUUGGUUGUUUACAAAUAUAUGACGUGUGAUUUUAUUUUUCAGAUGGAUACAGACAUUUACAAGAUUGUGGUGACCUGUGUUACAGUUAGAAGUUGGUGAGAAAGGUGAGGGUGGAUAGUAAAAAGAGAGAGACCAUUUGGCUGGCUGUUACAGCUUGGCCUCCCAAGAAAUAACAUAGGUGAAGGUUAUAGAUCCAGGGUCUGAUCCUCAGAACGAGAAACUGUUUCCCACUAAUGAAACUUAUAAGACUUGGAGAUUCCCACAUUAGAAUGUAAAUGUAUUAAAUUAUAGUGAUAAGUCUGCUUAGAGUAAGCAAUUAGUAAACAGGAAGUUUAUUGGUGAACAUGGAUAAGAGCAAAGGAAGGUUGAUAAUUUGGGGGACUGUUUCAUCUGGGUUGGCGUAAGGUUUAGAGAAUUUAUCCUGCUUCAUCAUCAAUUAGAAUGCUUAUGUCUGCCAAAAUCUCUCUUUGCUAAGCUGUAGAGGUGUUCUGAUAUUUUACUUCCUAUAUCCUUUUUAAGUUCUAUGUAGAAUAUUUUCCUUUGUUAUGACAGUUAUAUUUUACAACUUAUCAUAUUAUAUUAUUUAUUCCUGGUGGAUAAAAGUGUAAAUAGUCUCAUCAGUAAUACAUUUAUAAAUCAUCUUUUAGAUAGUCUCAUUUUAUGCUGAUUUACUGGUUUCAGAUUCGUAUGUCUCCCCAUUUAGGGGAUGAGGCACCCUAUUUGAAGCCUGUAGUUCCUUAUAUUCUUACAAAGAGAAUAUAUAGGUCAUUUAUGUCCAAACCAAACCUUGAACCUUUCUUUUUGGUACUACUAAGAUUAAUGUUAAUUGACCAAGAUUGCCUAUGGAGUGUUAGCAAUGAAAAACAAAGCACACACACAUAUUAGAGAAGUUAAAACCUUUAAUUCCUGGGUUUCUGAAAUAAUUUAUCCUUGUUUCUAACCACUAUUAUGGUGGGUGUAGGGAACACUUUUAAAAUAUACAACAUCAUCAGUGCUUGUCUUUCUACUAUACCGAGGUACACUGACUGUGUUGCCUUGGUGAUGUGGACUAAAUAUGUAUGUUUCCUGCUUCCCCUGGAUCUGAGUCCUCAGGUCAUGGUGUUAAACAGGGGUGUCACUCUACACAUGGGAGCCUGGUCAGUUUCUAAACAUUAGGUCAUGCAGGGAAGCGAAUUCAAACAGGUUAAACUAGCAGAUAUAUCAGCCUCUUUGGGCACUCUGCUUAAAGGAAACUUAGUUUACCCACAUUCCUAAGAGCAGGAAUACAGGGGGAGCCUGUUUUCUCUGAGGCAUUGUGUCUUCAGUUCAUUUUUAGUUUGAAAAUUAAUUUUGUGUUAAGUCAACCUACAAUCUGAGUAUUUGCAGAAGUAUUUCAUUAUAGUAAAUAUUUCAUUUUUUAUUGUUCAUGAGAAUAUUAAUAAUGUAGCAAUUAUAUAUUAAUGGGAAUAUGAAAUGAAUGUAUACCCAAACAAAAUGUGGUAAACAUUUUAACUUUGUUUAUCUAGGUUCCUUAAUUUUGAGAAUCUCUCUCUCGAGGCUCUUCAGGAAACUCAAAAUGUUCCAAUUUCUAAAGGAGUAUCCACUAAAACUGAUUAAUAAUGAAAGAAACAAAAUGAAAAUGUAUGCAUCUUAUGUCCAUAUAACCAUCACUUCUGAGGUCUCAAGCAAUCAGAAACUUACCCAAGUUAUUCAAUAACCUGUAAGAGUUAGGCCAUUAAAAAAUAUUUUGAAAGCCCUUUAGAACAUUUAAUGUUUAAUGUGUUAUUAACUGUAUUAAGGCAGUAAAAAUUAGCCCAAAUAUAAUUGUAUUCUUAAUAUCCCAGUCUCAGCAGUAGUUCCUAAAGAAAUCAUGACUGUCAACAUGGAGACUGAUGCAUGUAAAUGUAUACUUUGUAUUACUAUGUUUUUACACUUUGUAUGUAUACUUUACUUUUUUAUAGCAGAUAAAAGAAUGAGUAGAUAUAAUGAACUAUAAUACCAGUUUGUUUAAUGUUGUAUUAAAACUAAAACUAAGUACUUGUAAAGGACUACAACUCCAUCAGAAUAGGAAUGAAUGAACGGCAUUGAGAACCAGUUUUUAAAUUUAUGUUGAGACUGUUAGGCAGGUUGGUUGGUUGGUCUAAGAGGCUGGCCUCUUGGAGAAUAUAAUUUAUGUAUGGAAAGAGAUAGAAGAGAUGAUUCACUGGAAUUUCUCCUAAUAUAAUGUUCAUUAGAACAGGUCAUGGGGAGGAAAAAUAGAUAAAAAACAUCCAAACUAAUUAGUAGUAUUAAUAUUUGCCUCUUAGAGUGAAAAACUAACACCAAAUUUUAUCCUUGAACACUUUGAGAAAUAAAAGAUUAGUGAAAUAAUUUCUACUUAAAA